UCUUUUUUCUCUCUUAUUGCUCUGUUUCUCCCAACGGCUACAUUUGAAUACUUUAUUCAAAAUCAUCAUUCAUUAACACCAACGGCUUAAUUUCCUUCUUCAUUAUUUCUAAACCCAACCUUUCCCCAAUUUCUCACUCAACACUUUCCCAAUUCUCUCUCUCUCUCUCUAGAUCUAUGGAUUCUUCAAUUGGCAAUGUUCAGCAUGUUCCCAGAAAAUCCUCCGACGAGCUUUUGAGGAAAUUUGCUGAGGUGGGGUCAGAGUCCGGUGGCGGGAGGAGGUUGUUGACGGUGGUUAAGAGGCGGCGGAAGAGGGUUAAUAAUGAGGAGUGUGAUAGCCCCUCUGGCGGCGGAGUGGUGGAGCGGAAAUGGUUAAUUUCGCCGGUGGGGAGGAAGUCGGUUGUGUUGAAAAAAGUUGGGAUUGGAAAUGGAAGGUCUCAGCAGCUGAGGAUUAGAGAUUUUAGAAACAAAUCUAUUCUUGGAGCCAUUCAAAAGACAUGGCGAAGAACAGUGGAAGGAGCAUCAAAGGUUUUAUUAGAGAAACAUUACAACACUCAUAGACGUUUGAUAAGUGACAUUGUCUAAUCUUUUCUUUCUUUCUUUUUUUUCUUCCUUCUCUAGAGGAGGCUGAAAUCUCCAUUUUACCCUCCUUAUAUUAUUAUCUUAUUUUAAUGCCAUUUUUUUUAAUAUAUAUAAAAAAAAUAUAUAUAUAUAUUUAUCUACUUA